UCGAAAGGGCAAGUUCACUAUUGCUUUGUUUCAUAUUCCUUUUGAGAUGAACUUUGCUUCACACGCUCAAAAAAAAUAAAAUUUUAAAACUCUCACUUUGUUUUACUGAAUUAAACAAAUAAUUUCUCUAGGAAAACGCUCGAGAAAUAGCAAUCAUGUUGUCUUCGGCGUCUUUUAGUAGGCUCCUCAGCAUGAAACUUAUCCGUUUCCAUAAAAGGCCACUUCUUUCGAUAAAUUAAGCUACAAUUCCUGCACUGCGCAAAACAUUGCCUACCUAAAAACAGAAAAAAAACAUUUGCAAUGCAUUCCAAGCUCGUCACCAUGAACCGGCAGCGGCCACUGCACUUCCUGGUGGUGACCUACCCGGUCCAAGGCCACAUCAAUCCCGCCCUCCACCUCGCCACCCGCCUCAUUCAGAUCGCCGGCGCUCACAUCACCUUCUCCACCGCUGUUUCUGCCCACCGUCGCAUGUUCCCGUUCUCCGCCGCCCCUGACCAAGAAAUAGAAGACGGUCUCAUCUCCUACAUCCCAUUCUCCGACGGCUACGAUGACGGAUUCCACGGUUACCAUAGCAGACCCGAAGUCGAUAACUUCAUGAGCCGAUCCAUGCAAAUCGCAUCGGAAAACCUCUCUACCCUCGUCGCCAGUCUCGCUGCUCGUGGCCGCCCCGUCACAUUCAUCAUCUACACCCUCUUCUCGCCAUGGGUCGUCGGUGUGGCACGCCAUCAUGGCAUCCCCUCCAUCCUCUACUGGAUCCAGUCCGCCACCGUGUUUGCCAUCUACUACCACUAUUUCCACGGGUACGACGGUCUCGUCGCAGCCCAUCGGAGCGAACCGCUCUUUACGGUGAGAUUACCAGGGCUGCCGCCACUCCAUAUUCGAGACCUCCCAUCUCUCCUCACCAUCUCCGCCGACGAUCUGCUCUAUUCUAGCCUCACCACCGUCCGACAGGUAUUUGCGGCUGCUGAUAGCGAGAAAGCCUGGCCCAGGCCAAGAGUGUUGUUGAACAGCUUUGACGAAUUGGAGGUCGAUGGACUCGCCGCCGUCGACGAUGAGGUGGACGUCAUCACAGUAGGGCCGCUGCUCCCAUCCGAGUCUACACGAGAUAAGAAUGCAGAGAAGCUAACCUUGGCGGCCGAUCUCUUUGAGCCCGACAGGAAGGCGUACAUGGAGUGGCUGGAUACCAAGCCGGAGAGAUCAGUGGUGUACGUCUCGUUCGGAAGCCUGUUCGUCGCAAGGAAAAAGCAGCUGGAGGAGAUCUUACUGGGGUUGAAGGAGUGCGGGAGGCAGUACCUUUUGGUGGUGAGGAAGGACAAUCGAGGGGAAGGGGUUGAGCUGGUGGAAGAGGAAAACGGAAUGGUGGUUGAAUGGUGCUCACAGACUAGAGUUCUCUCGCACCCGUCAGUGGGGUGCUUCGUGACUCACUGCGGGUGGAACUCGUCCUUGGAGAGCUUGGCCUGUGGGGUGCCGACGGUAGCGGUGCCGCAGAAGUGGGACCAAAGGAUGAACGCGUGGAUGGCGGAGGCGGCGUGGGAGACGGGUAUAAGGGGCGAGCUUAACGAGGAGGGGGUAUUGGAGGGGAGCGAGUUGCGGCGGUGUUUGGAGGUGGUAAUGGGGGAAGGAGAGGUGGGAGUGGAGAUCAGGAGGCGAGCAGAGAUAUGGAGGAACAAUGUAAGGGAGGCCAUCAAAGAUGGAGGGUCAUCGGAUCGCAAUCUCAAAGCUUUCGUGGAGGAGGUCAUCAGAAAAGCUGCUGAAUGAAGGCGGCGGCUGAUUGACAACGGGGGAGAGAUGUUGGGACCAACGACAUUAUUUAACCGCAUUGUAUGGUAAACCUGAUUCCGAGAUCGCUGAAAAUUCAAUGCCAACUUUAGGUCACGUAGUUACCUUUUUGGGUGGGUUAUUACCUCCGUUAUUCAAUGGUACACGUGGUAUGUUUUACUGCAAUAAUGCAGUCAAAGAUCUUAAAACAUCUACCUAGAUUCCUCAGUUUUCAGUUUUGUUGUCCCUAAAUCCUAAACUGAGGUUAAAGUUCCAUCGGUGAGAACAGAAUUUGAUGGGGUGACGGAGUUAAAGAAGAACUGGUCUCCUUGGAGAUUGAUUUGCAAAAAAUCCACUUGCCAAAAAAAUUUCGAUUGGGAACUCUCCAAUAUCUAAGCCAGAAGGAUAGGCAACAGUAUAGAAAAAAUAAAUCUUUUAGAAUGAGUCUUUGAAUGAGCUUACUUGAGAACCUUCGAGCUAUUUUUUUUUAUGAAAGGUAGCGUAUUGAUCUGUUA